CGGGCACACGCACAACUCUCAGUUGCAGACGGGGGUGGGAAAGGGCGUGGACGACGGAGGUCUCGCCGAGCUUUCUGCUUAGAGAUGGAGUAGCGCAGACAGAGAGAAACACACACGGUGCUGGCAGUGAGAAGUACAGUUGCAGGCAGGGUUCGUGGACGAACAAAUAUUGCAAACCGCGGACAAAGACAACCUACCUUGCAAGGUGGGUUGCAGCCAGCACAUUGCGCGUAACCGUCAAGAUCUGGGACUUCAAAAUAUCAAAUUUAUAAGGGAUUUUUACAUAUUUUGCUAAACAAUAUGAUCGAAGGAAUACAUGCGACGAAGGGCGAAAAGAAGCCGACGCGGAAAUGGCAGAAACUGCCCGGCAGAAACACGUUCUGUUGCGAUGGCAGGAUCAUGAUGGCCCGGCAGAAAGGAGUUUUCUACCUCACCGUCUUCCUCAUCGUGGGAACCAGUGCGUUGUUCUUCGCGUUUGAGUGUCCGUACUUGGCAAUUCAUCUUUCCCCUGUAAUUCCUGUGUUUGCAAUUAUCCUCUUCAUCUUUGUGAUGGCCAUGCUAUUACGUACCAGUUUCAGUGACCCCGGUGUGCUCCCACGUGCUGAACCAGAUGAGGCCGCAUUUGUGGAGAUGGAAAUAGAGGCAGCCAAUGGCAACGUCCCAGCAGGUCAACGACCACCACCAAGAAUUAAAGAUAUUCAAAUCAACAAUCAGAUUAUCAAAUUGAAAUAUUGCUACACAUGCAAGAUAUUCCGUCCACCCCGGGCAUCCCAUUGCAGUGUCUGUGAUAACUGUGUGGAGCGUUUUGAUCACCACUGUCCCUGGGUUGGAAAUUGUGUUGGAAAGAGGAAUUACCGUUUCUUUUACCUCUUUACCAUCUCGUUGUCAUUCCUCACUGUCUACAUCUUUGCUUUUGAUAUUGUGCACGUGGCACUGAGAUCAGUGGACAAUGGCUUUUUAAACACACUGAAGGACACACCAGGAACUGUGCUAGAAGUAGUAAUCUGCUUCUUCACAUUAUGGUCUGUGAUUGGUCUGUCUGGAUUUCACACCUAUCUUAUUGCGCUCAACCAAACCACAAAUGAAGAUAUUAAAGGUUCUUGGUCAGGUAAAAAUGGAAUUCAUAACCCUUACAGCCACGAUGGUAUAAUAAAAAACUGUUGUGAGAUCCUUUGUGGGCCAGUGCCACCAAGUGUUCUUGACAGAAGAGGGCUUAUUAAAGAAGAAACUGGUAUUUCAGUCCAAACUAAUGGCGUUGCCUGUACAGCACCACAGACAAUGGCAAGUAAAGCUCCUUUGAUAUCCAAUGAGCAGGCACCAGUAAAAGUACUUCCUUUCGUUCCUGGACAAAUGGAACCAGAAGCAAGAGAAACGACACUAUCACCUAAUACAAACAUAGCACUUCCAUCUCCACCAACAGUGGACUUAAAUAUACAGACUGGCAGCACAGUCCUGCGAAGAGAUGCAGUUACAAAAGGAACAUAUCGAGGACAUGCCCUUUAGUAAAUUUGCUCCUGAAGGAAGUUCAAACAGAAGGGGCACAAGAUGUUGGAAGAUGGUUCUUCUAUCUAAAUUAAGGUGCAAAAAGAAUUGACACUGCAAUUUCCAUCUGAUCAGUAUUGUGUGUUUUAUAUGAAGGUGUUUUGGAAGUUGGAUAUGCUGUGAUGUAGCAUCAGAGUAGGAACGAUAAAGAAAAAGUCAAAUUGCUCAGAGACUUUUCAGGGCCAAUUUGCAUAUUUAUGGCCAAAUUUGUCCAAUCAUUAACAUUUGUUAUUUUACUUCAAAAAUACAAAAAUGCAGUUUGACAAAUGAAUUUUUCAGAAAGAAGUAACUGCUAAUUUCUUGGUUUGUUUCCCACUUCAUUUUGUAACUUCAUGAAAAUAACCGGCAGGACAAAUAUUAUGUGAAUACCUCGUGUAGUAAUAUGCUGAAUUUCAUUUAGGUGCUAUGCAAAAUAUUAACAUGUUUUGAGUUUACCAGGAUAAUUUUGUGAUAUCACCAAUUACUGGCAUGUUAUGAAUGAAACACAAUCUAUAUAAAGAUGGUUAUGUGAGAGUUUUCGUGUGUGUGUGUGUGUAUAUGUGUGUGUGAGAGAGAGAGAGACGGAAUAGGGCUCUUCAGCUACAUGAAUUUGACGUUGGGUAAGUAACAUUGAACCUAAACCUAAAACUACAUUUUUCCUGUACAAGUUCAUGAAUGAACUUAUGCUGCCAUUGGAUGUUGUUUUCAUGAAAUUACAAUUUCUUUCCCAAUAUUAUAUUGUUGAUCUAUGUGGCUUUACACAAAAUAAAUUUACUGUUCAAUUUUUGAACCAGGUCACACAACACUAUGGAAAUACGUGAAAUAGCUUACAGCUUAAAAUAAUUAGCUAUGAGAAACAGUUCCUGAAAAAUUGAACGUCACCAUUAAAGCUGGAGUUACCCGACCUUGUGCAUUAAAGGACUUCGUGAGCUCAAUGUGCAAAGUAUAGAACUGGGAGAAAGGAAGCAAAGAGUCUGUGUUGAUGGGAAAUUGUUUUACAUACAUCGUAUUUUCAAAUUUUAACAAAUAAUUCAUUGCUGGGAGAGAGUGAAUUAUAUUAAAAGCAGAAAAAUGGUUUAAUAUAAUUUAAUAUAAAUGAAGUCUUUUAACAGCAGUAGAGGUAUGCAUGGAAUUGUUUUUCCCUUGUAGUUAAUCAACCAGUGUUUUGAAUUGUCCAAAGGCUAGUUUUGCAGUUUCUCAAGACUGCUAAAUUUCAGUAAGGAUCCAAGGACAAACUGUGGCUUAGUUAAAAGGCUUCUAAGUUAGACUCAAACACUGGCUUAAAUUUUCAAAGUCCAUAACUGAGGCACAAAUACAAAGGUUUUAAGACUGAAGAAAAUGCUUUGUGCUCCCAACCUCUUCUGAACAGGUUAUAGUGCCUUUGAUGAUACUGAAUGGAACCAUUUGGAAAUUUGUAAUAUCUUGCAGAUUGAUAUGUAUGAUAAUGUGUUAAAUGAGGUUAGUCUUAUUGAAUGAAAUGGUGACAACAAUGAAAUUGAUUCAUUUGCUUGUGUUUUUGUGCAAAACAACAUUGUUAUUGUAAUUAUAUUAGUCUCUACAUUUUUGCACAUCCUUACACCAAUAACAGAACGUGCUUUGUAAUCUGAAUAAAGUGACCCUGUCUGUUAUUCACUAUAUCUAGAAAGACAAAUAGUUCUGAAGUUGCACUGACCCAUCAUUUCCUUAUGCAUGAUUUUUAAUAAUAAUACGCUGAUUAUAAACAAGAUUCUGAGGAAAAAAUGCAGUUUCUUCUGAUUUUGAACCCUUCAAAACAGAAUGAUCCAAAUGCUACAUCAGGAAAUCUGAGUCUGUGGUUGGAUUAAGUAUUUAUGAACCUUUUAGAGUUUCAACCAAAUAACUUGUAGCACAAUUGGGUUCUGUAGGUGGUAACUUUAGAUACAUUAAGUCUUGGGACUGAAACUGCAUUUUGCAGCAUAGGUUUCCUUAUAAAAACUUAGCGUUAUGUAAUUUAAGACAGUGCAAAAGUUAGGUAAUAAUUUAUAAUAGCUUUUAUCUGAUAAUUUCAUAAACUUGAAAUUCUGCAGAUGCUGGAAAUCUUGAGCAACACACACAUAAUGCUGGAGGAAUUCAGCAAGUCGGGCUGCGUCUGUGGAGAGAAAUUAACAGUUGGCGUUUCGGGCCUGAAACAUCAAAUGUUUACCUCCAUAGGUGUUUCCUGACCUGCUGAAUUCUUCCAGCAUUUUGGCUGUGUGUGUGUGUGUUGUAUCUGAUAAUUUUGAGUGUUUGAAUAAGAAAGCUCAACCUUCUUUCAUAUCUGAGGCCCAUUCCUAAUUAUUUCACAGCCAACUGUAGCAACAUGCAUGCGAUCUAAAUUAAAUAAUCAAUGAACUUGCUUGAUCUAAUAGCUUAAAAGUAGACCCAAACAGCAGACUUCUCAUCUGAAGUAUUGUAAUCUAAUAGAGCCAUUUUACAGUUGUCUUUUUCCUUGUGUGAGGAUGUCACUCUGAAAUAGAACCUUAUAGAAUUAUUACUAACUCAUAUGCACACUGUUGAUCAAAAUUAUUCUCAAAAAAUGUUGCAGCCAUUGAAUUUUAUAUGUUGUUGUCAUUGAUCCCUCAUUUAAUAUUAACCGUAGGAUGCCAAUCAGCAAUCUUACAGAAUUCAAUACCAAAAGUAAUAUGUUUGAUCGAAUUUCGCAAAAUUGAGAUGUUGAGUGGUUUUUGAAACGUUAUAGUGAGGGAUAAGUAGUUCAAACAAAAAUGGCCCCCAAUAUCUUUGAGUAUUCUUUCUAAUAUUUUAUAUUCACACUAGUUUAAUCAGUUCAAUAUAUUUUUUUUACAUCAGGUGGAAUUGGAAGCUAUGGAAAGGUCAGUUUAUUAAUUGAAGGGCCAUUGAUGGGGAUAGUUUUCUUUUUCAAAUGGUCAUGCCUUUUUAUUCAUCUUCAGCAGCCCAGGUCAUCCUGGGAUCAGAAACUGGUCUCUUUUAAGGUUCGAUAUUAGAAGAUAAAAGAUGUAGCAGUUGCUGAUAUAUGGACACUUGUUUCUCAUAUUGUAAGGUGCCAUGGUUUAGGGUAAGUGUAUGCAUUAUCUAAAUUGACCCUAUGCAUCAGAUUUGGGGGCAUAUUCUCCCUCAUCUCUGCUCUUCAACAAUUCGACAAUCCGCCAGCCAGCCAAAAACUGCACUUGCACUACAUGUUAGAAGUUCAGUUAGAUAGGCAAAAUCUACCUGGUUGAAGUCAAGGUGCAAAGGCUUUAAAUUUGGUCAGCUUACUUGUUAUCGUGAAUUGUCUUUAAUAUUUAAGAUACCAGUUGCUCUGACUAUGAAAACAUGAAAUGCGUCUUGAAGCAAGUUGGUACAUACUUCCCCAGAAAAUAUCAAGAUUUGACAUUUGGAAACUUGGAACAGGUUUCAAUAGUUUGCAAUAUCGAAAUGAAUCAAACAAAUCACUGCGUCAAAUAUUAACAUUUGCAAAUGUUAAUUUUAUUGAAAAUUCUCACACUUAGUGAUUUUUUUCUUGUUGAAAUUGUCCUUUAGUUGUAACUGAUGCUGCAAUGCCAAGAGAAAAAGCCUAAUGAUAACUGUGGAAUUGAAAGUGAAUUGGAAUUGAGGAUGAUGCAACAAUUAAAUUUGUGCACACUCCUUCAAAUGUUCCAUCAAAAGUUGUGUGAUCUGAUGAUAACCUACUAUUUGUAUUUCACGUUUUUUAUCUUGUUCAAUAAAUGUGAUAUAUUUAGCAGUGAAACCCAAUUAUCAUCUCUCCAACUACCUCCAAACAUGAUUUACCCUUUCAUAAGAUUCAAAACGUUUUCUUUCCUCAACACAAUGGGAUCACCUUCUCUCCCCAUUAUUUGUUUUCACAAGUUCAGAGAUACCCUUCCCUGUCCAUUUUUAUUCUUUCAUGGGCUCACUGUAUCCCCCACCCCACCCCAGCAACCAAAAUAUCCACUUCAUUGGGAUGUUCUUUUCCUGCUACAAACCUCCCAUUCAUUCUGGACGUUUGUCCCAGAGCCCGUAGAAGAAGAGCCCCUGCUCUUCUAAGGUCAACAGACCUACUCUAUCUCUGCUCAGACCAUAUCUUUGAUUUCUCACAUUUGGUUUGUCAUUCUUUGUUUUGGUUUUUUCACAAAGUGAAGCAUGCAGGCUUUUACAUUGUGCUGUUAAAACUCACUCUGGGUGCGGGUUGCAGAUUGUAUGAAAAUUCUAUAUAUAUGGUUUACAGUAGCGUUGGAUUGUUUAGAACAAGAAAUGAUGUAUCAUUGACUGCCCAAGAAUUCAGGAAGGACAUCAGUUUUCAGCACUGAAUGAGAACUAAAAGUGCUUAUUCUACCUGUGGAGAUAAAAGUGGUUUUGAUUUUGUAUGGAAAUAUUUACAGUUAGCUUGGAUUUCAAUUAUAUUAACCAAAUAUUAUAAAAGUCACCAUUAUAAGCAAAGGCUAAUUCCAUUUCACAAAGCCUUCAUAUCAACUACUUCAAAUUAUGAAAGACUGUCUUGAGGGUAUUUGUUUUAAACUUGAAGAAAAGCUGUUUUCGUUGGAGGUGACAAGUGGAGAGACAGACUAUAUUUCUUUAAUUGUGGUGGAAAGUUGUACAUAGAGUUCUAUGCAGCACUUUUAGGUGAGCCCAAAUGGCAAUGUUUAGCUAUACCAAGCAACAAAUUUAUCUCAUUUUAAAUUAUUAUUUACAGUGUUGUUUAAUUGCUUCCAAGUUUACUCAUUUUUUGGAAUUUCCAUUUGUUCAAAUGAUACAACAAAAUUAUCCUCGGGAAAAAUUUGGUUAUAUUUGUCAGAAUUUUGUUAAAUAUAUUUGAACAUCUGUUGGAAAAUGUAUAGACGAGUAGUCCUCCCCUUCCAAAAUUUGCUCCAGUGGAGUUGGUGGACACUGAUAUUACCACCAUGCAUAUUGAUUACCGUGAACUAGGGAUAAGUUUCUAGUCAACCAAGCUUGGAAAGCCUUCAUUGUUAUUAAUUGACUGAUGGUGAUUCUGUCAUAGCAUCAUAGAAAAUGUAUGACAUAGAGGGUCGUCAUUGGCUCCGCUGCCUAACCCCAACUUCUGGUGCUAGGUCUGAUGCUAUCUAUUAUCCAACCAAAAUUCUCCCAUUUUUUGCCCUCAUCUUGUUGCAUCCUCCCAGAUGCAGUGCUCUGGAUAAAAAUACCAUUUCUCAUUUUCCUGCCCAGCUAACCAGGCCAUCUGUAGUUUCCUGCAGGCUAAGGCUUUCUUCCACACUACUAACAAUUUAGCCAGUUUUUCUAUCAUCUACAAGGCAUUGAAGUCACAGUUAAUAACGCAUAUUGCAAAAAUUCAAAGGCCUGAGCACUUGGCCCUGUGGACCUCAUUGACAAUAGUCUUCCAGUCACAAAAGAGGCACAUCAGUCAUUACCUUUUGCUUCCAACCAGUUGAUUUUAGACCAAUUUGCCACCCUCCCUUGGAUUCCGUCCAGCUUUUAUUUUUCUGUCAAGUCGUUGACUUAACCUCAUUUGAUGAUUUCUCACACAUCAUUUAUUCUCAGAGCUGUGAUUUUCUAUUUUUAACCAAAAUUAUCACUAUUCCUCUCUCUCCCUUUCUAAAUUCUGCCCUCUAUCAUUUUGAAACACUAACCAGGAGUGGUAUGCUGCCAGUCAUGCAUGUUUUCAGUGGUUGGCCAGUGCUGUCAAUUCAUCUACCUUGUACUCUAAAUUCAUUUCAUAACAGUAUAUAUAUAUCCUUAAGAACAUGCACACAGCUUUUUUUGACUAAAAAUGUUCUAAUUUUUCUCUGCCAUCUAUUGACUUGUUUUAAGGUUUCUCUUUGUCAAAAGGAGUGUCUUGGUGCAGAUAAGUAUGUUUAGAGUAGUUUGUUGCAUGCUAAAGACUCUAGUUAUCUCAAUCAAUGUUAUCACAUAAAGCAAAUCGCAAAGGUCAAUUUGGAUUAUAGUACAUCAGAUGCCAAAAAUACAAAUUGCUGAAAUGUAGCUCAUUCUUGAUGAUGGGAAUCUUUAUUCCCAUCACCAGAUACUGAUUUGUAAGCACUGCUGUUUCUUGAUAGUUCCCUCUUUUUCACGCUCUGUCGCAGGAUCGCUUCUGCUCGUGUCUCUCUUUCCCUCCACUGUCCCUCUCUGUCCCUGGCAACUUACAGAUUUUCACAGCGUGAUUCUGGUAUAUUUAAAAAAAUAACACAGAUUCUCUAACUAUAUAGGAAAUUAAAUAUGGGUCUAUUUACCUUGAAUGGAAUAACUCACUAAUUUUUUUCGUAAGAAGGUUGUAUGUAAUAAGUUUCAAUGGACAGUUUUGGCAACAAAAUUUGCUAAAUUUGUUUUUGAAAGGCUUAGUUUUUAUGUACAGAUAGAAUGCAAGAUGUGGGCAAUUUCUUGACAAGAAAGUCAAGUGGGUAUAUUGUAAAUAGAAUUGGUUGCAAUUUUUCGCUGCACACCUUUUGUGUUUUAAAUUGUUCAGAAAACCAGUUUCAUUGCCGAACACGUCCUUCCAAAAUAUUUAAGCAGAGAAACAAAUAAUACCUUGAAGGACAUGUUUAACAAGUGAUCAGAAUCUAACACCUCCGUCCCCAUCACCCUACCCAAGCUAGCAAUAUUCUUUUAAGUAAACUCCCAAGGCAAAAAAGAAUCUAGUGCUUAUAUGCCGAAUAAACUCUUCUUGGGCUUCCAGCCGUUUACAGGUAUCAGUGACACAAACUGCCAUCUUCAUCAGGGAUGAUGCCUGGGCAUGUCUAGUCUGGUGGUAUUUAUACCCCUGUCAUCCAUCCCUCCUGAUUG